GGCAGAACCCAUAUUGUGGACUAAAGCCUAGUUUUUACCAUGUAACAGAAGGAGACAACAAAACGUACGAAUGUAUGUACUUAAAAUGUCCGCCGUCUCAGGAAAUAUGUUCUCCAUACCCCAAUUAUUACCAGACACUGAGUUCAUGUGAUAAAAAGGAUAGCUGCUUUGUCACUCCUUGUGAACGUGGUGAAAUGUGUGUGCAGUACAGGACCAAUCACAAGUGUUAUUGUCUAAAACCUCCUUGUGGCAUCCAAUCUGAUACAGAGAUUAGGUUGGAUAAACAAGAGGUUAGUCUGUUUGAUACGGUUAGGGUCUCUAUGAUAAUCCGUAAAGACAUAACAUUCAAAUACAGUGCAGAAAUAGGUGACUUAAUCUGUAGACCUGACUUCAAAACACUCAGAAAUCCUGGAAACAAUAAUCAGUAUCUCUGUUCCACGUUCAUGUAUAAACCUACAAAAGGAGGACGAAUCAGUGUCAGUAUCAAACAUGGAACAACUGGGAGUGUUACUGAUAAAAAUGAUGCAUUUAUAGUUACUUUACCUACACCAUGGAUAUAUCACUGCUUUGAGAACAUUCAAAUCAAGGGUGCUUCAUAUAAGAGUUUCGAUGAGCGUGUAUACAGCCCAGUUAAACAUAUUCGGUUCACACUGUCUAAUGAAAGAGGCUGUGGCAGUGACUUUGAAAUAAACAAAUAUAAAUGGACUUUCAGCCGCUUCGAAUCAGAGACUUACAACUUCUGUAUUAGUGACGACAGCUUUAAUGUGUCAUUUUCUUCAUCCACUGACAAUGGAGUUCUAGUUGUGAAAAAACUAACACUUAUAGGUGGAUAUUUCAAAGUCUGCCUGCAAGUUGAUGGCAUCCAUGACAACAAAAGCUACUCAGAAGUAAAUGUUACCUGUGAUGACAAUGCUCGUGCUCACUGGAGUCUACUGGUCACUGCAUAUCGGCAGCAACAGAACAUCACCACACUUCCAUGGCCAGCCCUAAGCCCAGACCUUUCACCCAUUGAGCACAUGUGGGACAUCAUCGGACGACGUCUCUGAGAAUGUCAAUGUCAGCCAACCAACUUGGCUGAAUUAGGUGCCGCUCUCCAAGAGGAAUGGGACAGGAUCCCCAAAAUGUUAUCAGGAGAAUGACACGUUGGAUUCGUGCGUGCUUAAUGAACCACGGGGGUUUUACCCAUUACUAGUGCAAAUAUGGAAAACAUCAAAUUGACAAGCAUAACCCCUGUUGCCUAUCUGUGUCUCCUCCGGACCUACAUCACUAUUCGGGCUAGAAUCUUUAAUGCCAAUCCCUUGUCA